AUGAUACUUAAGAAACACCUCGCGCAGAUUAAAGAUUACAUUCAAACGAUACAGAAACCACUGUUAGUUUUUAUUGAUAACGUACUACUCAACACCGCGCUGAACAAACCACAGACAGACGACAAAGGAGAUACCUACUACUUGGCUAAUAAGAUACUCAGACUACUCAAAACCACGGACGCUACAAUUACUUAUCACCACAUACAUGGUAAAUUUAACCCGACAGAUACUCCAAGUCGACACCCGAAGGCCAAUAUAAAAUAG